GGACAGGCAGGAGAGGCAGAGCCCCACGAGCAGCACCUCGCAGCCACACUGCAGGUAUGGGGCCACCCAGCACAGGGAGCUGCAGGAGCUCCGUGCAUGGGGGUCUGCUCCCUCCCUUGGGGCUGGGGGGGGGGUCUGCUCCCUCCCUUGGGGCUGGGGGGGGGGGUCUGCUCCCUCCCUUGGGGCUGGGGGGGUCUGCUUCCUCCCUUGGGGGGGUCUGCAGCAGCAGGUUGCAAUUUGGGCGAGUGCUAUUGGGAGGAAUAGCAGCCCGUGCUGAUGUUCAGCGGUCACUUUGCGUUGUCUUCUCUCUUUGGUGAGAAGUGCUCUUUCUUUUGUCUGCCGGUUUUGCUGCUUGCUCUGAUUUUUUUUUGUUUCCUUCUGGCUUGAAGCUGUGGCUGUUGGGUUUCUGAUUGUCCUCAGUGUGGCUGAUAGAGAUCUGCUGAGAAAACGCCGCUCUGUGCGUGGGGUUUGUUGGGCUGGAUAGAGAGAAGGAGGGGUGUGCAGGCUGGGAUCCAGCUUGGGUGGCUUACAGUUGCCCUCAGGUCAGCCCAUGAGUACGAAGUGGAUGAGGUGCUCCAACGGGCUGAGCCCCCGGUGAUGGGUUGAUGGUGGGUGGGUGAUCUCAGUGGUCUUUUCCAGCCUGGAUGGUUCUGUGGUGCUUGGAGUCUGUGCAGGGCAGAGAUCGGUCCUGAAGGACUGGGGAGGGCUGGAGAGUUUUGCCCUGGAGAUGAUUUGCAGUCUGUCCUACCCAUGCAAAUAGCACUGACUGCGGGAUGGCCUCGGGGGCGACGUGGGUCAGUCCUCUGCUCUCCUAAACAGAAACAUCCCACUGAGAUGCACCAGCUGUGCAUCUUCAGCCCAGGCCUGCCCUGACUCCACGUCCCGUCUUACCCUACGGCUGCUGUGACCAGUGAGGAUUUUGCUUCUGUUACUCAUUAUUUGGGGAGCUGGAACUUUCCUGCAGCAGUAAGACUUGUGGCGGCCCUCCCUGCCUGCUGCAGGGUCACGUUCAUGGGGAGUGUGCUCAGUGGUGACUCUGUGUCUGUUUUACACCAUGGGGGAAGCCCGGAGGGUUUGUCUGUGCCUUGCAAGGAGGGCUGGUUGAGGUUUGUGCUUCCGAGGAGCUGAUGGAGGUGAUGAAUCCCAUCAGUCAGCUUCUCCAAACGUGGCUAUCUCUGCGUCGCUCCUUCCCUGCCCUGGGAAAAAUCAAUGUCUCAAACAGCUUAAAACGCGGCUGGGUGGGAAGUCUGUGAUCACAGUAAAGCUGGAUGAGCCAAGAUUGAUGCAAAGAGCUUUUCUCGUACAAAUGGGCUUUGCUUGCCACAGGGUAGGUGCACGAGCACGGCUGGGCGUUGUAGGCACCCCGCGCUGAGCUCUGACCGUUGCAGCAGGAGUUGGCCAAAGCUGCGAGCUCUCUGCUUCUGGGAGUGGCUUCAGAUGUCGUCCACUAUCUGCCGGAAUCUUAAUAAAUGAGUUUAUUAUUUCAAAGGCCACCGGAGUGGGUCGGCAGCCUCUGAAGGGCGCUAUCUUUGCUUUGUGACUUUGUGAAUGCUGAGACCUUGGAGUUCUGGACCCUUCCUGCAGAGCUCUGAGUUGGCGCUCAGCAAAGAGGAGCUGCUCUCCUGAGCCUUUGAUUCCGAGCUGAAUGUGUUUGUUUCGAGCAGUUGGAGGCAUGGCUGUGUUGCAACACCUGACCUCCUUCCCUUGGGGCUGCCGCUGCUCCGCAAUGGGAGCCCUCCCAGCCCUGAGCCCCCCGGAGCAGCACCUCCUGGUCCUUAUGUGUGCCAGGAGGUGAAGGCUCCACUGCUGCUCUUCAGCUGAUCUCACAGAUCCGGGUGAUGCCUUCGGCAGAUGUUAUUUCUGUGCCUAUUUGUUUGCUGAUGCUUUUCCUCCACCUCUAGCAGAAAGAAAAAAAAAACAAAAAAAAACAAACCAAAUCAACUCAACAACAGCAAAAAUACCCUCCGAGCUUCAUGUUAACCGUGCUCCCCGUGCAGAGUUUCCUUCGGGGUCUCUGGGGUGUUGCGUAUUCUCAGUAUGACUUUUUUCCUCCCUCUGGACGAGGACAGCAAUUUGCAUUCUUCACCAGAACCUGUUUGCAUGCCUUUCGAAAUGGGGGAAGAGCCCUUUGCUGCAUUCCCCGCGUGCAGGGACAGCUCCUGUCUGUCUGCCUGUCCGUCCUUCCUGGAUUCCUGCGCUCUGAGAGCCAGGAUUCCUUGUCUGCUCGUGCUGUGGAAACGGGGAUUGGGAAAUGAAGGUGUGGAUGAAGGGCGCAAUCGGUUUGGAUUGAGGGGAAUGGGUGACCCGGGAUCUGGGAAGGUUCAGGUGGUGCUGCUGGGGUGGCGAUGGCUGCUGCUGUGGUUUCCUUGGCACAAAGCGCUCCCUCAGCCCUGUCCUCGCUGUGCCCUGCAGUGAUGUGAUGUGGUGCAGCACAGCAGCAGCGAUAUCAGCUCAGAGAUCGCACUGACGCUGCUCGGAGGCAGAGUUUCCAUUGGAAAACAUGAGCUUGGGGAAAUCGCUCCUGGAGAUAAGGGUGGAAAUGGGGGAGAAGAAAACAGCAAUUUUCUGCUUCUCCUGCCUGUCAGAAUUGCAGGGCACGGCGAGGCCCUCACUGUGAGGGUGAGGAGAGGCGGGCGCUGCUGGCAGCACAUGGAUGGCUCGGGGUCACAGCACCUCGGUGCCAAAGGCUGCGCGGUGCAGCUGUGUGGGUGGGUUUGUGGAUGCAGCCCUGUCCUGCUGCAGCACUUUGUGCUCUCAUAGCUCUUCAAACCGCUGCGUUCCCACCCGGGGGCUCCGGCAGUGCCCAGCAGAGGUGAAACCAUAGGGGAGGAUGGGGAUAAAGCGCUGGGGCUGCUUGGAGGGGGGGCUGUGCCUGCAGACGUGUUUGCUCCAGAAUGGGUAUGAAAAGCAAACAAAGCGCUGUGGCACCGCAGCCCGAGGUGCCUUCAGAGCUCCUCUGAGUUUGCUCUGAUGCCUCUGAGCAGCUUCCCGUGCACAGCUUCGCUCCGUGGCACCCGAACGCCGCAGAACCUCCGCGGUCGGGGCUCAGGCUGAGCGUGGCUGCUUCCACAGCCCGUGCUGUGCCAGGAGAGCCGGGGGAGAAGAUAACGGAGCAGGGCUGCCUCUGUUCUGAACUUUGUCCCUUUUUUCCCCUGAGCUCACGGAUUCUCAGGGCCGGGGCGAUGCCGGCUGUCGCUGCUCCCUGAGCAGCCCUCGCGGUCCGUCGCACGGCUGGGAUUGGGCUCUUCCACCGAAUCCGGGCGGAGCGCUUUGCGGGCUGCGCUGAGUCAGAAGGGAAGUUGGACGGCGCUGAAUCCUUCCUGCGAAGCGCCGCUCCCUCUGAGCGCACGGCUGGGAGGUCCCGCGUGGCUCCUCCGGAUCCGCUCCGACCUCAGCCGCAAAAGGCCGAGAAAUGGGGUUUCUGCGGUGCGCUGAGCGCCGUGCAGCGGGGAGGCGUUGGUAGCAGCCGCUCGGCCGGCGGGGAGGCGUGAAUCUGCCACGGGUGUUCGCUCCGGGGAGCGGUUCGGGCACCGCGGGGCGUUCGGAGGCAGAUGCAUCUCCAUGUCUGAGCUCCGCGGCUCCUGGGACGCACAGCAGCAGAGCAUGGCGUACCUCCCCGACGCAGACAUGGACACCGUGGCUGCCAGCACGUCCCUCCCCGACCCGGCCGGCGACUUCGACCGCAACGUGCCCCGAAUCUGCGGGGUCUGCGGGGACAGAGCCACCGGCUUCCACUUCAACGCCAUGACCUGCGAGGGCUGCAAGGGCUUCUUCAGGAGAAGCAUGAAGAGGAAAGCGAUGUUCACCUGUCCGUUCAACGGGGACUGCAAAAUCACCAAGGACAACCGGCGGCACUGCCAGGCCUGCCGGCUGAAGCGCUGCGUGGACAUUGGGAUGAUGAAGGAGUUCAUCCUGACGGACGAGGAGGUGCAGAGGAAGCGUGAGAUGAUCCUGAAGCGCAAAGAGGAGGAAGCGCUGAAGGAGAGCCUGAAGCCCAAACUGUCGGAGGAGCAGCAGAAAGUCAUCGACACCCUCCUGGAGGCCCACCACAAAACCUUCGACACCACAUACUCCGACUUCAACAAGUUUCGGCCCCCCGUGAGAAGCAAAUUCAGCAGCAGGAUGGCAACGCACUCCUCCUCCGUCGUGUCCCAGGACUUCUCCUCGGAGGACUCCAACGAUGUCUUUGGCUCCGAUGCCUUCGCUGCAUUCCCAGAGCCCAUGGAGCCCCAGAUGUUUUCCAACCUGGACCUCUCCGAGGAGAGCGAUGAGAGCCCCUCCAUGAACAUCGAGCUGCCCCACCUCCCCAUGCUCCCGCACCUGGCCGACCUGGUCAGCUACAGCAUACAGAAAGUGAUCGGCUUCGCCAAGAUGAUACCCGGAUUCAGGGAUCUGACGGCAGAGGAUCAGAUUGCCCUGCUGAAAUCCAGCGCCAUCGAGGUGAUCAUGCUGCGCUCCAACCAGUCCUUCACCAUGGAGGACAUGUCCUGGACCUGCGGAAGCAAUGACUUCAAGUACAAAGUCAGCGAUGUCACCCAAGCCGGACACAGCAUGGACCUCCUGGAGCCGCUCGUGAAGUUCCAGGUGGGCUUAAAGAAGCUGAACCUUCACGAAGAAGAGCACGUGCUGCUCAUGGCCAUCUGCAUCCUGUCCCCAGAUCGGCCCGGCGUUCAGGACACCUCCCUGGUGGAGUCCAUCCAGGACCGCCUCUCGGACAUCCUCCAGACCUACAUCCGCUGCAGGCACCCCCCGCCCGGCAGCCGCCUGCUGUACGCCAAGAUGAUCCAGAAGCUGGCCGACCUGCGCAGCCUCAACGAGGAGCACUCCAAGCAGUACCGCUGCCUCUCCUUCCAGCCCGAGCACAGCAUGCAGCUCACGCCUCUGGUGCUCGAGGUCUUCGGCAACGAGAUCUCCUGAUUCCAGCCGCGGCUUUGGGCACCCGCGUGUAAAGGGAUAAGUCAGCCUGGGCCCCCUGGAGGCAGCGAGAGGAGGGCUGCGACCCUGGGAGGAGGCUGUACAUUGUUUGGUUUCACACUACUGCAGGUCCUGCUUUCUUUUCUUAGCCACGGCAGCCGAGGUUUGCUCGCUGCAGACCCAGCUCUGUGCGUUUCCCCCCCUUCCGGGAGUGUUUUUUUCACUCAUCUGCAAGAGCUGACUUAUCCCUUUAUGGACGUUUUGAGGCUGGGCUGCCUUGAACCACUUCUUUCUGACCAGAAACCGGGGCUGCUCGGAAGGAGAGGCUCAGGUUUUGCAGAUUCGUGGCAAUGGGGAACCAUCGAUGGCAUCUGUUGAGCCUGAGGGACCCCUGCGCUCACCCCCAAUGGGAAAGGCGAUGCUGAUGGAAUUGCACACCCCGGAUCUCUGCAGGAAAAUGCUGAGGCUGCUCCUCCGAGCCCCGCAGACAAUGGUGGGAGGUUGGAGAGGGAAACCACAGCCAGGAACAGCCGGCCGGGCUGCCGUGCGUUCCCAGCACUACUGCCACCACAAUCAGCCCCACUGCUGACAGCAUCCUGUGAGGCUGUUGUCACCUUAACGAGGCCAGCCGGAGCUAAUUGGGCAUGCUGAGGUUUCCUGCGCGAUGCUGGAGCUCCGGAGGGUGCCCCAUCCCUGCUGGCCCCACUGAAGCCACCUCUGCAGGGUGGUGGCCCUUCAGGAGGGGACAAUGGGAGCAGCACCGCCGUGAGGACAGCGUUGGGACCCUGAAACGCAGAGGAGCAGCGGGAGCUGAGCGCCUUGGAGGGACCCCGGGCAGCACCGUGGCCGGGGACACGCAAUGGGCACGGCCCCCUGCACUGCAUGGACAGCGGGGGGUGGGGACCGUGCAGGCAGUCCGACCCGGGGGCAGUGCCCGGGGAUGGGCGCCUCGCGGGGGGCAGCGGGGCUCCAUCUCCGUGCGAAUAAACGUGGCCUGGGAGCAGCA